AUGGUAAGAUCGUCAUCAACAAUAAAAUCAAAUAUUGGUUUGAUUCAUAUUGGUUCAUGUCCAUUACAUUUAAUCCAUAAUUCAUUUAAAAUAGGCAUGGAUGGUACAAAUUGGUCAAUUGAAGAAUUUCUUAAUAAUUUAGGUUUUUGGUUUAGUCGAUCACCAUCACGUCGUGAAGAUUAUUUAAAAUUAACUAAAAAUCUAUCAAAUGAUAUUGGUAAAUUUAUUCGUCGUUUCAUAAUAAUACGAUGGCUUGAUGUUGGACCAAUAAUUGAACGUGUUAUUGAACAAUGGACAAAUCUUAAAGAAUAUUUUAUUAGAUUUAUUCCAACAAAUCGUAAAAUUUCACUAAACAAUCAUCGUUAUAUACAAAUAAGAAGAAUUUUUGAAACAAAAUCAACAUUAAUACGUUUAAACUUUCUUGUUUUUCUUUAUCAUAAUAUAUAUGAACAAAUUUUAAAAUGGUUUCAACAAACUCAACCAUUAAUUCAUGUAUUGUAUGAUGAAUGUGAACAAUUAAUACGACGUUUAUUUUCAUGUUUUAUAAAUGAAGAUUUAAUUAAAAGUAAAACAUUAAAUGAACUGAUGAAUAUUUCAUUUCAUAUUCAAGCUAAUCAAAAAUGUGAUUCAGAAUUAGAAAUAGGUGAAGCAACUCGUCUUGAUCAAAAUAAUUUAUCAAGUGAAGAAAAUCAACAAUUUUUUUCUGACAUUCGAAAUAUGUAUUCAUUAAUAACUAAAGAACUUAUAAGAACAUUACCAUUAAAUAAUGAUUUACUUCGACAUUUAAAAUGUUUACAUCCAAUAAUGCGUCAUUCUGAAACGUCUCAUAUAAGUAUUAUGAAUAUUGCUCGAAGUUUUCCUCAAAUGAUUAUACCAGAUGAUAUUGAUCGUAUUACUGCUGAAUGGUAUAUAUAUCAAAAUGAAAACAUACCAAAUGAAUGGUAUGAACAAACAAAUAAAUAUCAUUCAAUUGAUUAUUAUUGGAAAAAUGUUUUUACACUUAAAACAAAUACUGGUACAAAUAAAUUUAUUGCUUUACCUAAAUUAAUAAAAUGUAUACUUGCAUUAUCACAUGGGAAUGCUGAUGUUGAAAGAGGUUUUAGUGAAAAUGCUUUUUUAUUAACAGAUGAUCGUUCAUUGCUUAGUGAUGCAUCAAUAAAUGGUUUAAGAGCAACAAGAGAUGGAGUAAAAUUUUUUGGUAAUGGAAAACCUCAUGAAGUACCAAUAACAAAAGCACUUCUUGAUUGUGUUCGUGAUGCUCAUUCACGCUAUUGUAUUGAUUUAGAAAAACGACAACAAGAAUUAUUAACAAAUAAAAAUUCAAUAAAAGAAGAAACAAAAAAUGAUUUUCUUAUUGAAAAACAAAAUGAUUUAUAUGAUGAACAAAAAUUGUUACAUAAAAAUUUGACAACUAUACAAAAAAUGAUUGAUGAAGGUACAGAACGUUUAACAAAAGCUAUAUCAUCAAAAGAUUUCAAAGAAAUUGAAACAUCUUUAUUACUUAUUGAAGGUGGAAAUAAAAAAUUAGCUACAACUAAUACACAUAUUGUUUGUAAUACUAAUCAAUUAAAUCAAAUAAGAAAAAAACAAAAAAAAUAA